AUGGCGCCUCUUAUCAAUUUCGUUCUGCUCGGGUUUGUCGCGAGUCUGAGCAACUCUGUUCACGCGGCGCAGCCUGGAUCGAACAUCAAGCGCGUCGAUUUGGCAGGUGACUGUCCUACAUGCAACAAUGAACCCCCUCAUUUUGGUCCGCACCCUUGGGGAGAUUGGAGCGUUACCACCACCUCAACAAGCAGUUCUUCCGUUGCUGUUUCAACUCCUUCCUCAAAGCCUACUUAUGGCGGUAUCGACACCUCGUCAGUGCCUUUGGAUCAGUCGUCCAUGAGUGGCUUUGGUUCUAGCACGUCUGUCUCGCAGAGUUCUUCCACCUUCACCCUGUCAUCUUCGACCUCACCUUCCUCCUCGUCGGACUCGUCUUCGACUGGCUCGACAAGUACAGGAUUCACUCCAUCUGGCAAUAUGUCUUCUUCAACGUCGGAGCCUUCUAGUAUACAAUCAAUCAGCAGUGCUCUCUCUAUGUCAAGCGAGUCUCUGUCCAGUGUCUCGACGAAUGGAACAUCCGAUACUCAGGCAGCCUCAGUAUUCUCUUCCACUGCCGGCUCUGCCUCUCAAGACUCAUUGUCUGUCGUCUCUCAGUCAACUCAAUAUGAAUCUCAGGCUACAAUGUCUGUGAUGAGCGCAUCAAACUUUUCGCAACCUGUUGCACAAUCAAGCACAAGUGAGCCCUUUUUCGCCAACAGCACCUCGAGCGUUGUUCCCCCUGUUGCAGAUAACGGUACAUCGACUAUGGUUCCACCUUCACCCGCCGAGGGCACAUCAAGUAUGGCUCCAUCUGUCCCUGCAAACAACACCUCGAACGCGAUUCCACCUGUUCCAGGUAUCGAUACUUCGACUGUGGUUCCACCUUUACCUGCUAAUGAUACAUCGACGAUGGCUUCAUCUGUCCCUUCAGACAGCACAUCGACCAUGGUUCCACCUUUAUCCGCUGAUGGUACAUCGAGCACGACUCCACCUGUCCCUUCAGACAGUACAUUGACCAUGUUUCCGCCUUUCCCUGCUAAUGGAACGUCGAGCAUCGUUCCAUCCAUGUCCAGCGAUAGCAGCCCGUCUGGAAGUACACUGGCUGGAAGUACACUGUCAGCACAAGGACCAGACACCAAUAUGAGCUUAUCGACUGUGAAUUCAGUCCCUUUUGCUUUGACUUCAAACGUCACUGCUGCCUCUGAAAUCACGACUUCAUUCACCAGUACGAUUGAUCUAAGUUCGACGACAUUCGUGACCGUUAUCCGAACUACAAUCAGCAUUGUGCAGGUUUCUUCAACAACACAGGAUACUGGUUCCAGUGCUGUGCCCGUGAUUCCUGAGUCGUCAGAUUCUGGAGCAUCUGUAUCUGAGUCAAGCUUCUCUGCAGGAGAAACAAAUUCAACUUCACUCAGCAACGGCUCUUCUUCCAGCACUAUCGCUAGUUCAGCAGCCGUAUCUGGGUCAAGCCCAUCAUCUAGUGGCACGGUCACCCUUAUUCCGGGCAUCACAAUGACUCCUCCCGCGGUUACCUCUGCAUCCGCCCUUCCCAUGCUGUCCCUGACUGGCGACAUGCCAUGUUCCUAUUCUUACUCAGCCAAUCAAUCCGCACCAAGCACUUACAAUCUUCCUCCAUGGUGCUGGCCCUGGCCUGUCGCGGAGAGCACCACGGUGAUGUCGGGGGCAAUCGUCGCGGCAAGUACAGAGAACUGCGUCUGCCCGUACUGUUGGCUUGCAGACCCGCUGUGUUACGCCCAAACGCCAACGGGAUCAAGCUGUGCGGAUGGCUGGAUUUGCUCCGUGACUACUUCUGCUGGUUCAUCAGGCGUUGUGCACUCGCUCCCUAGUGGCUUCACCUCCGAUACCAUAACACCAGAACCGUGGAGCAUUAUUACCGAGCGGGGCGUGUCCAGAACAAGCGGCAGUAGCAGUACUACGGACGUCACAUGGAGUGCUACGCUUUCACAGAGCACUCGAAGCAUCGAGGGUGGCUACAUUGUCUUUCCGUUCUGGUCCUGGAGUUGUGACGGCCCUCUGUGCCAGGGUGAUUGUGGAGAUGUCCUCGACUGGGCGGCGGCCAUGGCUAGUUGCAUUUUCGGGUUGGGAUGUCAGAGACCGUGCAGUGAUCAUGGGUCGAAUGGAUUUCCAUUGCCACCGGUGCAUUCCCGUUCUUCCUCCAGUCCCUCCUGCGCCUGUGGCAUCUAUGACCUUGCCUACGACCAGUUGUUCAGCGGCGCCUUAUUCUCCAAGCUCGUCGGAUACCUCAAGAUCGUCCAGCUCAUCGAGCUCGUCCAGCUCCUGCUCGUCCACGGCAUUCUCUUCCUGCCUCGACAUUUGCUCGACAUUGACCUCGAAUGGUACAGCCUCUGGCACUCAAUCGUGCACUCGGUCAUGCACGACUGUUACACAGUGCUCUGGGACCGACACGUUCACGACCACCACUCGAUAUCUGCUCAGAUUGCCUCGUGGAUAACUCAGUUUCCACCGAUCCCUGACAACGCAACGACGAUAUUCAGUACUUUCAGCUUCUCGUCAAACACCACGCAGACCAUGGGCAACACCACUUCGAGGACUAUCACGAGCACGUCGCAUUCGACAUCCUUGACAUCUCAUAGUUCGACCAUCUCUAGCCCUCCUAUCACAACGCCGACCCUUCCAAGCAGCCUGCGGGAUUUCACAGUGUUAGUGACCGAUGACGACGGCGAUGUAUUUAGCGAAGUCUACUCAGGAGGUGUAAUGGUUUCUUCUACAAUAGUCUCGUCGAGGCUACUUCCCACAUUGGGCCCAAGUGGACCCUGGACGUUUGGCUCCUCUGGGGUCUCUUUGGUGAGCAGAACCACUUCGACUUCCCCGAUCUCUGCUGGGACCGGAGCACAUCCAACCCUCACAAGUAUAGCCAGAAGCUACAGCGAGGUCUCGAUCUUCACCUGUGACGGAGAGGCUGCGUUUGGUAGUGCAAGCUGUACAGAUUCGUGGGGCCUCAAGACUGUGUCAACCACUGUUCUGAAUGCAGACGAGCAGACUUCGUAUUGUGCCCACUGGACUGCCUUCACCACCACUACAAGCCCGGCCAAGGCCGGGGUUGUGAACUGUGCUACCCCUGUCAGCGGGCAAGCCACAAGUACGGUCGCAACCGUCUGGAACUCGGGUCUCCCUUUCUCGCCAUUCCAGUUGGACAAGGGUCCCAUUAGGAAGUUUUGCAAGAGCCUGGUGGAUCGCGACAUCGUUCUUUACCAGGGACUUUCAUUUGCCGCCACAUCGAGCUCAGAGGUGGUGUCCCCAGGUGAAUGUGAUUUAUUUCCAUCGAACGGGGACUCGGCGUUCGACUAUGAUCUGACCAUCGGUCUCGCUUUCGACUACAAUGGGUGUCCUUCGCCGACAGGCACGCCACUGGUCAACGGUGUCUCAAUGAAGAAAUAUGGCCAGGACAAAUGCGUCUCGACGUUCUGGAAUCACAUCACCAAAGAAUGUGAUUUCUCAAAUUCGGAAGCGAAGAAGAGAGGCCUCGGCCAGUGGACCAGGGUUGGUGGAAUGUAUUGGGCGGACUGCAUGCGGUGGACGCUCAUUGCUGCAAGGAAAGAUCUGUCGCCGCCAGACACUGUUGAUGGAGAUUUGCAGUGA